ACACUAAGUGAGAAAAAGCCGCUUUCGAUGCUCCUGCUGGUUGCUAGUGCAAUUGCUGCUCCGAUCCCAACCUCUCUCUCGCACGACGAGGUCUCUCUCUCGCCCGACGAGAAGCGCGGCGGCCUCGUGCUUGCGGCUACGGGCCACAACGCCGCCGCCGCCGUGACCAUGGCUUCCAACGAUUACAAGGUCGCGGCGAUCCAUCAGGCAGGCGGCGUCGGCAACGGCAACGCCGCGGCCGUCCACAUGGCGUCGAGCGGUCACGAGGCACUCGCUAUGCACCAGCUGAACAAGGGCCGCAUGCUCGAGGGCGACGUCGAGUCAUCGACGCUCGCAGACGUCGAGGCGAAUGGGGAGGACGCGCCAGACGAGAAGCGAGGCGGCCUGAUCCUCGCUUCGACUGGGCACCACAACGCUGCUUCCGUUCACAUGGCGUCGAACGGGCACAAGGUCGCGGCGCUCCACCAGGCAGGCGGGCUUGGCAACGGCAACGCGGCGACCGUCCACGUGGCGUCGAACGGUCACGGAAUGCUCGCGAUGCAUCGGCUGAAUGGCCGGUGAGGGAGAGAGCCUCAACCAACGAAGCCAGCCCACACGCUAGAUGGAUCCGACGUGAUCCGGGUGGCAGACCUCUCCUCGUACGCACCUUCAGUUGAGUAGCUGUGCCUGCGGACCACAGCAGUCAGCACCUUCGAUGAUCGCUCCCGCCGCUCGAUAAGAUGUUCGCAGCAGUGUGUGGGGUUUCGUCGUGUCCAGUAGCAGUAGAGCCCAGCUCUCCCGCGCCGCUCCGUCGCGGACUCGCGCCUGCCCACACGUGCGCGUGUUUCGCUGUACGCUGAUGAUGUGGGGCGGGAUCUUACGUUUGUCAGGAUCUUGAUUCACCACGGCACGCCCU